GAACUAGGGGCAGUGGGAGACCCUCGGGCUGUCCGGCGCGCGGUCCGGAUAUCUGCCAGGUUCGCGAACUGCUACGGUUCCCCCACCGACGGAAAGUUUGGGGCGGGCUUGGACCGCGGCCGAUGUUGUGGGAUCAGAUUUCCCUAGCGUGGCCCCCCGCCCUCCCGUUCUGCUGGGGAGGCAGGCUGACACUGAGAACCAGCCCUCUCUCUUCGGAGCUCGGCCGCCGGGUCUCGCGCUGAAGCGCCGCGAUCCACGAUCGGCUGCUCCGGGUGUGCAAGUGUGGUGCACAAAUUCUGGUCCUGCACCCCUCCAUCCACCUGGCUGUCCGCCUCCCUUGCCUUGGAAAGAGCUGGGGGUUGGGUCACCGUACGCGGGCGGAUUCUCGGAGCACGCCACCGAGUUCUGACCCCAGCGUAGGGUAAUUGGUAGAGGGGAGGCUGAGGGUGUGUCAGGGGGACUGCCCGGGGGAAGGCAGCCCCCCCCCCACCUCGCCUUCCCGCGCAGGGGUUCUGGGCCGACAGGGGGCGUCCGCAAGCCGGGUUUUGCCACGCUCCCAGCGCCGCUUUGUUUGCAUUCAAAUCCCCGGAGCUGGGGGAGGGGAGAGCCCACAGUAGAGAGACCUGGACCCGGUCUUGGCUUGGAACCUUUGUUUUGGGGUGAAAUCCCCAGAUUCUGCAUCUCUGUUCCCGGCCCCGAGUGUCUGGAUUAGUGGAAAUCGGUCCCGUUGGCCUAAUGCCUAGGCCAGGGUCCCCGGGGUGCAAUCCCCGAGUUAAGAACGUCCGUCAGAGCCGGAGGGGAAACGCAGCCCUCAAGGGCCAUUCGUGGGCAUCCCCUAGGCUCCAGGAGAAACCCUCUUUGGCCUCCCAGAUCCAUUUCACUUCCUUCUACGACCCCUCCCCCGCCGCGGUGAGGAGCUCCCCGUAAGCCCGGAGCCGACUCGUUUCCCGGCCGCCUCUCUGACGGAGGGUCAGUGUCUCGUAGAAGGCAGUUGGAAGAACAGGACUGGCCCUGGUCAUUUCCACGCCCAUCCCACCCACUUCCUGCCUCCCUCUUGGGCAACAAAGGGGCCUCGGGAAGCUGGGCCCGUUUGGUUCCCGACUCCUACUCCAGCCCUGCUGAUGUGGAACCGGGUUUGGGCUCUGCCCGGCUAUUGUCUGCGCUGGGGGAGGGGACAGGCUGGGGCCGGGAACUCCGCACGCAGCCUGCUGCACCCGGUCCCCCCCCACUGGGGGGUCUCUGCCUAACUGCCUGCCUGCUUGCCUCUGCGGAGUAAGGGGUACACCUCCCCGAAUUAGGUCUUGGGGCUGACCGGAGUCCAGGGCUGCCGGACUGAAGUUUAGAGCCUGGGUGUUUGCCAUGGCCCCACACUGGGCUGUCUGGCUGCUGGCAGCAGGGCUGUGGGGCCUGGGCAUUGGGGCUGAGGUGUGGUGGAACCUUGUGCCCCGGAAGACAGUAUCUUCUGGGGAGCUGGCCACAGUAGUGAGGCGGUUCUCCCAGACGGGCAUCCAGGACUUCCUGACCUUGACCCUGAGAGAGCACUCUGGGCUUUUAUAUGUGGGGGCCCGAGAGGCGCUGUUUGCCUUCAGCGUAGAGGCUCUGGAGCUGCGAGGAGUGAUCUCCUGGGAGGCCCCGGUUGAGAAGAAGAUGGAGUGUACCCAGAAAGGGAAGAGCAACCAGACCGAAUGCUUCAACUUCAUCCGCUUCCUUCAGCCGUACAAUGCCUCCCACCUGUACGUCUGUGGUACCUAUGCCUUCCAGCCCAAGUGCACCUACAUCGACAUGAUUACUUUCACCUUGGAGCGGGGAGAAUUUGAGGAUGGGAAGGGUAAAUGUCCCUAUGACCCAGCUAAGGGCCACACUGGACUGCUUGUGGAUGGUGAGUUGUUCUCAGCCACACUCAACAACUUCCUGGGUACAGAACCUGUCAUCCUGAGAAACAUGGGGCCCCACCACUCCAUCAAGACCGAGUACCUGGCGUUUUGGCUGAAUGAACCCCACUUUGUAGGCUCUGCCUACGUCCCCGAGAGUGUGGGGAGCUUCACGGGGGACGAUGACAAGGUCUACUUCUUCUUCAGCGAGCGGGCAGUGGAGUAUGACUGCUAUGCCGAGCAGGUGGUGGCCCGUGUGGCUCGAGUCUGUAAGGGAGACAUGGGGGGCGCACGGACCCUGCAGAAGAAGUGGACAACGUUCCUAAAAGCGCAGUUGGUGUGCUCAGCCCCGGAGUGGAAGGUCUACUUCAACCAGCUUCGGGCAGUGCACACCCUGCUGGGUACCUCUUGGCACAACACCACCUUCUUCGGGGUCUUUCAAGCGCGAUGGGGUGAUAUGGACCUGUCCGCAAUCUGUGAGUACCAGUUGGAACAGAUCCAGCAGGUGUUCGAGGGUCCCUACAAAGAGUACAGUGAGCAAGCCCAGAAGUGGGCCCGCUAUACUGACCCGGUCCCCAGUCCUCGCCCUGGUUCGUGUAUCAACAAUUGGCAUCGCCACAAUGGCUACACCAGUUCUCUGGAGCUGCCCGACAAUAUCCUCAACUUCAUCAAGAAGCACCCGCUGAUGGAGGAGCAGGUGAGGCCUCGGUGGGACCGCCCCUUACUCGUGAAGAAGAACACUAACUUCACGCACGUGGUGGCCGACAGGGUCACGGGACUUGAUGGCGCCACCUAUACAGUGCUGUUCAUUGGUACAGGAGAUGGCUGGCUGCUGAAGGCUGUGAGCCUGGGGCCCUGGGUCCACAUGGUAGAGGAACUGCAGGUGUUUGACCAGGAGCCAGUGGAGAGUCUGGUGCUGUCUCGGAGCAGGAAGAUGCUUUUCGCUGGCUCCCGCUCUCAGCUGGUUCAGUUACCCCUGACUGACUGCACAAAGUACCGCUUCUGUGCAGACUGCGUCCUCGCCCGGGACCCCUACUGUGCCUGGAAUGUCAACACCAGCCGCUGUGUGGCCACCACCAGUGCUCACUCAGGAUCCCUUCUGGUCCAACAUGUGAUAAACUUGGACACCUCAAAGAUCUGUAACCAGUAUGGCAUUAAAAAAGUCAGACCUACCCCCAAGAACAUCACAGUAGUCACAGGCACAGACCUGGUUCUGCCCUGCCACCUCUCAUCCAAUUUGGCCCACGCUCGCUGGACCUUCAGAGGCCGGGACCUGACUGCAGAGCAACCUGGCUCCUUCCUCUAUGACAGAGGACUCCAGGCCCUGGUAGUGAUGGCUGCCCAGCCCCGCCAUACCGGGCCCUAUCACUGCUAUUCGGAGGAGCAGGGGACAAGGCUGGCUGCAGAAAGCUACCUUGUCUCUGUCGUGGCUGGCCCGUCAGUGACCCUGGAGGCCCGGGCUCCCUUGGAAAACCUGGGACUCGUAUGGCUCGCUGUGGUGGCUCUGGGGGCUGUGUGCCUGGUGUUGCUGCUGCUGGUUCUGUCCCUUCGUCGGCGACUUCGAGAAGAGCUCGAAAAAGGUGCCAAGGCAGCCGAGAGGACAUUGGUGUACCCCCUAGAAAUGCCCAAGGAACCAACCAGCCCCCCGUUUCGUCCCGGCCCCGAAACAGAUGAGAAACUUUGGGAUCCCGUCGGCUACUACUAUUCAGAUGGCUCUCUCAAGAUCGUGCCUGGUCAUGCCCGGUGCCAGCCUGGGGUGGGCCCUUCUCCACCGCCUGGCAUACCUGGCCAGCCCCUGCCUUCUCCGACUCGGCUUCACCUAGGGGGUGGCCGGAACUCAAACGCCAAUGGUUACGUGCGCUUACAGCUGGGAGGGGAGGACCGAGGAGGACUUGGGCACCCACUGCCGGAGCUCGCCGAUGAACUGCGACGCAAGCUACAACAGCGCCAGCCACUGCCUGACUCCAACCCAGAGGAGUCCUCAGUAUGAGAGGAACCCCCCACCCACCUCAUUGGCGGGGGGUUUCGUGGGAGGUACACUCAACCUUUUUGCACAGGCACCAGCUACCUCAGGGACAUGGCGGGAGCACUUGCUUGGCCUGGGACAGACAUUGCCCAGCAUUUGCCCAGCCACGAGGACCUGCUCAGCGUGGGCACUGCCACUUGGUGUGGCUCACCAGGGCAUCAGCCUCACAGGCGGCUCGCCCUCCUCUGUGAAUUUCAGACAUGUGGGACCCCAGCAGCCAAAAAUUUGCAAGGCGGAAGUUUCAAGAUGUGGGUGUUUGUGCAUAGAUGUGUUGGUGUGUGUGUGUGUGUUGUGUGUGUGUGUGUGUGUGUGUAAGGGUGCGCGCGUGCGUGUGCGUGUGCGUGUGCAUGUGUGUGUAGGUGUGUCUCUGUCAAGUCUUCCCUUGGCCUGGGGUCCUCCUGGUGAGUCUUUGGAGCUAUGAAGGGGAAGGGGGUCAUACCACUUUGCCUCUCCUACCCCCACCUGUCCUGCCUGAGCUUGGGACAGUGAUGUACAUAUGGGGAUGGGAUGGACAGGGUGUUGUACCCCUUUGGGGGAGUGCAGGACUCAGGGGUGGGCCUGGUCCUGCUCCUAGGGCUGUGAAUGUUUUCAGGGCGGGGGGGGGAGGGAGAUGGAGCCUCCUGUUUCAGGGGGAAGGGUGGGCAGGGCCUCCCACUUGGCCUCUGGGUUCAGUGGUAUUUUAUACUUGUGCUCUUCCGAAAGGGCUGGGAAAGGUUGUUGGGGAGGGGGAGGGGAGGGAGAAGGUGGGCAUGCUGUGGAUACUGGCAUAUCCUCUCCCAGCUCUAGGAAAAGGGCUCCUAACAGUGUAACUUAUUGUGUCCCCACAUAUUUAUUUGUUGUAAAUAUUUGAGUAUUUUUAUAUUGACAAAUAAAAUGGAGAAAAUGAAACUUAA